GUGUGUUUGAUCUUGACACCAGCUGGCGUCACGCAUGAACGGCGUCUUUCCCCUCUGAGCAAACGCUCCGCUUGUUGAUUCGGGGACCGCCUGUCUAAUGGGUUGAGAGUAACAGGCGGACCAGGCGGAGUGGCGAAAAUUGGAUCACCCGAGCAGAGCCGUCCUCCUUCCUCCUGCUUACGGUAUAUAAGACCUCAACGUAUGACGGGACGGCCAGAGACUGACACCGGGAACAAGUAGAGGAACUACCUGCACUGUUCUUUGGAAAGAGAGAAGUGAAGAUUAUAACCAUGAAAAGCAUCCACUCCCUGGCUGGUGUUCUCCUGGUCCUGGGCUUUGUCCAGGGCAGCUGGCAGGUUCCUCUGCAGGAGGCUGAUGACAGCUCAAGCUUCGAGGCGGACGACACGUUAGCGGACGAGGCGCCGGAGCUGUCGAGCACCAAGAGACAUUCGGAGGGGACCUUCUCCAACGACUACAGCAAAUUCCUGGAGGAAAAGAAGGCGCAGGACUUUGUUCAGUGGCUGAUGAACAACAAGAGGAGCGGGGCGGAAGAGAAGCGCCACGCUGACGGGACCUUCACCAGCGACGUGAGCUCGUACCUAAAGGAGCAGGCUAUCAAAGACUUUGUGGACAAGCUUAAGUCUGGAAAAGUCAGAAGAGAAUCUGAAACGGGCGGGCGGGCCGAAGCUUUCAGCAAGAGGCAUGUAGAUGGCAGCUUCACCAGUGAUGUGAACAAGGUGCUGGACUCCCUGGCUGCCAAGGAAUAUUUACUCUGGGUCAUGACCUCCAAGCCGUCAGGGGAGAGAAAGAAAAGAGGAGCGGACCAAUGAGAGGCUCCUCCAGGACUCCCCGCUGUGCUCAAGGGCCAUAAAACAGGAGGGAUAGAAAGCCAUACUGCUUCGCAUGUCGUAACGUCAGCACUAUAUUUAAAUUCUCUUCCAUAGUUUCCCCGGUGACCCGGGGGGAGAAGACAUGGAAUCAGUGAUUCUCAGGGGCACAUUUUUUUGUACAAAUUUUAAAUUAUUUUCUAUAUUUUUAAGCAGAAAACAAGAACACAACAGGUGAAAUCUCAGGUAGACCAAUAGAAAACAUGAGUAGGGUAGAUGCUCUUCAUUGCAUAUUAUUCAUUCGCUCUGCAAAAUAAAGUUUUUCAAUGUGC